UCUUUAGAGUGUAAUCACAAUUGAUUUGUUUUUAGGUAAAGAUAUGCUCGUACUAGAAGGAUAUUUAUUUGAGAAAGAUAAAAUGGCGGACGAUGGUCGUAUAUUUUGGAAGUGUGUAGAAGCAAAGAAAGGGAAAUGUUCAGCUAGACGGCAUACUCUAAACGAUGCAGUAGUUAAGUCAUUGCUGGACCACAAUCACGUUCCAGAUAUUGCUGCAAUAGAAGCGAGGAAAGCAAUUAAUUCUAUUAAAGAGCGCGCAAAGACAACAAGAGAUGCCGGCUACGCUGUUAUUGCUGUGGAAUCCUCACAGUUACUCGAACCUGUUCAAGCUAAGUUACCGAAUGUGGAAUGCAUCAAACGAACUAUUAGGCGGCAACGACAACUUCAAGGGAACUAUCCUGCAAAUCCAAAUUCACUGCGAGAAUUGAACAUUCCAGAUGACAUGCGUCUUAUAUGUGUGAAUGGUCAGCAAGAACCAUUUCUUUUGUUCGACAAUGGGCCAGACACUGAACACCGAAUAUUAAUCUUCAGUACCCAACGAAAUUUGGAACUACUGGAAAGAUGUGAACAUUGGUAUGCAGAUGGUACCUUCAAAACCACGCCACCGCUCUUUACCCAAGUGUAUACGAUACACGGUGUGAGAUUUAAUACUUGUAUACCAUCAGUUUUCGUCUUACUGCCUGGUAAAAGUAAAGUUCUUUAUCAAGAGAUGAUACAAGCACUAAAAGGACUUAGACCAAAUUUAAAACCGUCUACCAUAAUGAUAGACUUUGAACGUGCUGCAAUUGAAGCGUUCCAAACGGAGUUCCCAGAAAUAUUGGUUAGAGGGUGCUUCUUCCACUUGGGUCAGUGUAUAUGGAGGAAGGUACAAGAACACGGGAAAGCAGUACGUUACGCGAAUGAUGUUGAAUUUGCUGUUCAAGUUAAGAUGUUAACUGCAAUAUCGUUUUUACCUUUACAUGAUGUGGUUUUGGGAUUCGAAGAACUCAUGGACACAGAAUAUUACAGAAACGAAAUCGACCUCCACCCUAUAUGCGACUACUUUGAAGAUGUCUGGAUUGGACGCCCACAUAGAAAUAUCCGUAGACCGCCGUUAUUUCAAUAUAAUUUAUGGAAUUUCUAUGACGCUACAAACAAUGACCUUCCGAGAACUAACAACUCUGUUGAAGGUUGGCAUCGUCGUUUUACAGAACUCAUAUCUGCUCAGCAUCCAAGUAUCUGGAGGUUUAUUGCUGCAAUAAAGGAAGAGCAACAUAUGAAUGAAAUCGCCAUUUCCCACUAUAUCCAAGGACGAGACGGACCUCGACAGAAAAAAAAAUAUCGAGAUUUAAAUAUUAGAAUUAAAAAUUGUGUAGCAAGGUACGACGCCAAUGAAAAGUUUUUGUAUCCAUCAAAGAAGAUAGAGAAAAAGGAAAAGUUUGUAUAAUAACAUUCUAACAAUGGCAAAGACGGGCAAUUAGUUUACGCGGGCUAUUUUUACGGCGGCCAAAUGACCAAGGGGAA